AUGGCUGAGGCACUGGCAGCAGCUUUCGCAGAUAAACUAUUGACAUGUAGCAUUUGUUUAGGAGAAUACGAGGACCCCCGUGUUCUGCCUUGCUACCAUACAUUUUGCUAUGGUUGUAUAUGUGACCAUGCUACACGGACUAUUACUCCAAAAAGGACAUUUUUUUGUCCCCUUUGUAGAGAGGAGAUACAAUUUCCAAGGGAAGGACUUGUGAAAUUGAAAAAAGAUUUCCGUAUUCACACAACAAAAGAACUUCUCAGCCAGCAACAGCAGCAUGAAGUACCAUUAACAAUUAAAGAAACUGAUGUGCAAGGAGUGACACAUGGUGUCUCACAAGUGGUGAUCAAAUGUGAGAAGCAUCCUUCAAAUGAACUGAAAUACUAUUGUGAAGAUGAUGAUACUGUUGUAUGUGGUGACUGUGUAUCAACAGAACACUACAGACAUGGUAUUGUGCCAGUUGAAAAAGCUGCAAAUACCAACAGAAAAAGGAUAAAAACUGUCCUUGUGCAAACUUUGCCGAAACUGAACAUGUUCAAAGAAGCAGUUGCAAAGGAAACAGCCACUGAAAUAAAAGAAUCGCAAAUCAUGGCAGCCUCCAUCAACAAAAUCAAAGAACAGGCUCAACGUAUUCGAAGAUUAGUUGAUCAGAGGGAGCAGAUAAUGAUAUCAGAAGUAUUUUCUGCAUGUGAUAUCAGAAAAAAGCAGGUGGGGGCUAACAAGGACACCCUUGAACUUCACCAUGCAUCCUUGCACAGUGCGUGCAAUUUUGCUCAGGAACUUCUCACAAAUGGUUCUGCCUCUGACAUCAUGAUUCACACUAAAGCUCUGACAGAGAGAUUAACAGCCAUGGAAAAAAUGCCAGUGCCAACUCCAGACACACCAACACAGAUUUCUUACAGCCCUGGUAAUAUAUCUCAUGCCAGACUGGACGCCAUGUUAGGACAGAAUGGUCAACUGUAUAUGACAACACUGGGUGACCAGUGUGUCCAAGUGUACUCCACCAGAGGUCAGCAAGUGAUAACCAUGGGUCAGGGUUUACUGGGACGUCCAUGUGGUGUAACACUGAACAGACAAGGUCAUGUGAUGCUGUACCAGUAUGGCAACACAGAAGGCAGUGGUGUUGGUCAGCUGAGGUUACCACGGGGAGUGUGCACAGACAGCUAUGGUCACAUCUUCAUUGCUGACAAUGGUAACCACAGGAUAGUGGCACUGAGUCCACAAGGACAGUUUACCAGAUACAUUGCCACUGAGGAGGAUGGGCUGAAGUAUCCCAGAGCAUUAGCCAUCAACCCUGCUGGUCAGCUGGUGGUUGCAGAGGGCAGGGGUCAAGUUAAGACAUUCCAGAAUCUACAAUAA